GACCGGAGGAGCCUGGAAGGGCUCGGAGCGGCCGGGAAGGGCCGGGCCCGCGGCGGCGCGGGCGGCAGGCGGCGGGAGCAACUAUACUCCUGCGGGGAGGCUCACGGCGGUGGCGGCCGAGCGGCGGGGACGGGACGUAGCCGGCCCGCCCACUCACUCUCCUCCUCGGAACCCCUCGGUGGAGCCGGCGGCGGGGAGGAUGCCGUCUGUGAGCCUGCCGCCCAAGGAGAACGCGCUCUUCAAGCGCAUUCUGAGGUGUUAUGAACAUAAGCAGUACAGAAAUGGGCUGAAGUUCUGUAAACAGAUCCUUUCCAAUCCCAAGUUUGCAGAACAUGGAGAAACCUUGGCAAUGAAGGGACUAACACUGAACUGUCUAGGGAAGAAAGAGGAAGCUUAUGAACUUGUGCGCAGAGGCCUAAGGAAUGACUUGAAGAGUCAUGUCUGUUGGCAUGUCUAUGGCCUUCUUCAGAGGUCAGACAAGAAGUAUGAUGAAGCUAUCAAAUGCUAUAGAAAUGCACUGAAAUGGGACAAAGACAAUCUUCAAAUCUUGAGAGACCUUUCUCUACUACAGAUUCAAAUGAGGGAUCUUGAAGGUUACAGGGAAACAAGAUACCAGUUGCUUCAGCUCCGACCUGCACAACGAGCAUCAUGGAUUGGUUAUGCCAUUGCUUACCAUCUACUGGAAGACUAUGAAAUGGCAGCAAAAAUUUUAGAGGAAUUUAGGAAGACACAGCAGACAUCACCUGACAAAGUGGACUACGAGUACAGUGAACUGCUGCUCUAUCAAAAUCAAGUCCUCCGGGAAGCAGGGCUAUAUAAAGAAGCUUUGGAGCAUCUUUGUACCUAUGAAAAGCAGAUCUGUGAUAAACUGGCUGUUGAAGAAACUAAAGGAGAACUCCUGCUUCAGCUUGGCAGACUUGAAGAAGCAGUUGAAGUCUACAAGGGACUGCAAGAAAGAAAUCCUGAAAACUGGUCUUACUACAAAGGCUUAGAAAAGGCACUUAAGCCAGCUAAUAUGAUGGAGAGACUAAAGAUCUAUGAAGAGGCCUGGACUAAAUACCCAAGGGGACUAGUUCCAAGAAGAUUACCAUUAAACUUUUUGUCUGGUGAAAAGUUUAAGGAAUGUCUGGACAAGUUUUUAAGGAUGAAUUUCAGCAAAGGUUGCCCACCAGUCUUCAAUACUUUGAGGUCAUUAUAUAAAGACAAGGAGAAGGUUGUAAUCAUAGAAGAGCUCGUGAUAGGUUAUGAAACCUCUCUAAGAAGCUGCAGGUUAUUUAACCCAAAUGAUGAUGGUAAAGAAGAACCUCCAACCACUUUACUCUGGGUCCAGUAUUAUUUGGCUCAACAUUAUGAUAAGAUUGGACUGCCAUCCCUUGCUCUAGAAUAUAUAAAUGCUGCUAUAGAAAGUACUCCCACUUUGAUAGAACUCUUCCUUGUGAAGGCAAAAAUCUAUAAGCAUGCUGGAAAUAUUAAAGAAGCUGCAAGGUGGAUGGAUGAGGCUCAGGCUUUGGACACAGCAGACAGAUUUAUCAAUUCCAAAUGUGCAAAAUAUAUGUUGAAAGCAAACUCCAUUAAAGAAGCGGAAGAAAUGUGUUCUAAGUUUACGCGGGAAGGAACCUCGGCAGUAGAGAACCUUAAUGAAAUGCAGUGCAUGUGGUUUCAGACAGAAUGCGCACAAGCCUACAAGGCAAUGAACAAAUUUGGAGAAGCACUUAAGAAAUGCCAUGAAAUUGAGAGACAUUUUGUAGAAAUCACGGAUGACCAGUUUGACUUCCAUACUUACUGUAUGAGGAAGAUCACCCUUAGGUCUUAUGUGGACUUGUUAAAACUAGAAGAUGUUCUUCGACAACAUCCCUUCUACUUCAGAGCAGCACGGAUUGCCAUAGAGAUCUAUUUGAAACUUCAUGAUAAUCCCUUAACAGAUGAAAAUAAAGAACAUGAGGCUGAUACAGCAAAUAUGUCUGAUAAGGAGCUAAAGAAGCUACGAAAUAAGCAGAGAAGAGCUCAGAAGAAAGCACAGCUGGAGGAGGAGAAGAAAAAUGCUGAGAAGGAGAAGCAACAGAGGAAUCAGAAAAAGAAGAAGGAUGAUGAUGAUGAAGAAAUUGGAGGACCGAAAGAGGAACUUAUCCCUGAGAAGCUGGCAAAGGUUGAAGCACCUUUGGAAGAAGCCAUUAAAUUUUUAAUACCCCUGAAGAAUUUAGUGAAGAACAAAAUAGAGACUCAUCUUUUUGCCUUUGAGAUUUAUUUUCGAAAAGAGAAGUUCCUUCUGAUGCUUCAGUCUGUAAAGAGAGCCUUUGCUAUUGAUUCUAGUCAUCCUUGGCUUCAUGAGUGUAUGAUUCAUCUCUUCAGCAGUGUAUCUGAAAGUAAGGAUCUGCCUGAUGCUGUUAGAACAGUGUUAAACCAAGAAAUGAAUCGACUUUUUGGAGCAACUAAUCCAAAGAACUUCAAUGAAGCUUUCCUUAAAAGGAACUACGACUCACUGCCACAUAGGUUAUCAGCUGCCAAAAUGAUGUACUAUUUAGAUCCUUCCAGUCAGAAAAGGGCAGUUGAACUGGCAAUGACCCUGGAUGAAUCCCUUAUUAACAGAAAUCUUCAGACUUGUAUGGAGGUAUUAGAAGCUUUAUGUGAUGGUAGCCUUGGAGACUGUAAAGAAGCAUCUGAAACUUACAGAGCAAAUUGUCAUAAGCUUUUCCCUUAUGCUUUGGCUUUCAUGCCCCCUGGAUAUGAAGAGGAUAUGAAGAUCACAGUUAAUGGAGAUAGUUCCGCAGAACCUGAAGAACUGGCCAAUGAAAUAUGAACAACUUUAUUGGAAAAAAAUGAUGUUGGACCAUAUCUGGUGUAUUAAUAUUUUUGUCACGCACCUGCUGUAUUGUUCUAACUUACACAAAGAACAGAAGGAAAAAAACUGUUGCCUUCAAAGUUUUACUUUUUUUUUAUCCUGCUGACAAAGUAUAUAUAUAAAAUAUCUAACAUAUUACUGGUUAUAGGUUGUUUGGUUUCUUAAAAAUGAAAAGCUGCUAAAAUUGAAAAAAAGGAAAAGAUAAACAACCCUCUUCCUCACCUACCCAUCCAUGUUUUUAAACUAAUUUAUAUGAGACCUGGAGGUGUGUAGCCCUCAGAGCAGGUGUGUGGCAGAAAUAUUAACUUUAAAUUUGUCUUGUGAGAUUACUGUUAUCUCAGACAGCAAAACUGCUGUUUUAGCACUGGAUUCUUCUGGAUUCACUGAGCACAAAGAGUUGAUGGGGCUUUAGCAUCUGACUGAUUUUGAUACAGGGGAUGAUUGUGUCCAUAGGAAGUAUGCAGUGCGAAUCAGAAUAUACAGAGAAACCUGCAACAUACUUAUGUUGGGGUGCUUGGACAUAUGGAUAUCAAGCAGAAUUAAGAAACAUAGUGUGUUCAAUAAGCUUGUUGUGUCUCUGAAAUUCACUGUACACGAUCAGUUUGGUGUUCUCGCGCCACAGUUUUUACCUGAAGGAGCCACUUAAAAAUGGUCUCUCUUGGAAUUAAACUUGGGGUAGGGAGAGGAGAGUCAACAUUGAUGCUCUUGAGAUGAACCUAUUGGCAUAGGUUGGCCAAACUUUUUAAAACUGUAAGGCAAGAAUCAAAUAAAAUUAUGCACUGUGAUGUGGCACCAGUUAGAAAGAUCGCAUGCAUUUUUCAUGUAGAGUGAAAACAAAAUGAGAACAUACUAUGGCUUGAAGUUGCAGAGAGGGAAACGCCUGGCUACCAUUUUGACUGAUCAAGAGACUAAUAGAUUAAAACCUCAGCAGGCCUUGUUCACGUUAUGCAGAAAAAAAAAAGAAAAAAAAAAUGUGCUGCAGUUUAGAUACCUCUGGAACUUUUCCACAGUGUCACAGGUUUGUAAUACUUGAAGCCCUACAUUUCUAAGAAUAUAUUUCUUGCUCAGUUGUUUCAGGCAAGCCCAAGACUUUGUAACUUUCAAGGGGCCCAAGACUUUUUUUUUUUCAAUAACAGACCAGCUUCUUAUUCCUGCAGUUACAGAUGUAAUUUCCUUUGUCAAACAUAAGGUACCAAAUAUAAUGCAAUAAAAUGUUUUGAAAAACAA